CUAGUUUGUUAGCUGCAUACUGCACUGCAUCAGUCGACAAUAAUCGUUCGUAUAGUGUUUACCAUUCAAUGUGUUACAAGGGGGGAAAAUUCAGUGUAUUUUAAUCUACAGUGUUAAUUGAUAUCUAUUACGUGUAUUAUUUUACUUUCUAGAAUUUUUAUUUUGUUUUCUCAAGAAGCAUCAUGGAUCGUAGCAAAAAUUACACCUUGAUCAUCAAUUUAAUUUUUUUUUUGGUUUGGAGUUGUGGUCUAGCAUAUUGCAUUUACAGAUAUUGGAAACUGAAAGCUAGGAGAGAGCUCAAAGAACGAGUUUGGAAAUUGCACAAAGAAUUACAGGAACUGGAAGCAGUUGACCCAUUCUCAGUACAAAAGGCCAUUGAAAACCAGUUUGAAAAAUAUGCGCGGCAUAGUUUACAAAUGGAAUGCCAACCCACAAAUGAUGUUAACAUGAAUCAACUAAAAACAGCGUCACGACUCGCCGAAAAUAAAUUGAGAAUCGGAAGUAUCGACGAGGAAAAUGAAAAUUUGAUCUGCCAAAUAUACGGAGAAAUGAUGAAGAACACAAAUUUUACCGGUAGAUAUCGGGUUGAUAAUGUGAAAAUAUCUCGAUUGGAUGGCUCUCUUUGCAUUAACAGACCACGCCAUGAAGAUGUGGCAAAGCUUAUAAAUGACUGUGUGGAGCAGUUAAAUUCGGAGGAAAACAAAUGCCCAAAUGGCCCUAUGCAAAUUUUAGAAACUGCCAUUGAAACUAAAAUGCAGUUUAUGUUCAUCCACCCAUUUCCAGAUGCGAAUGGAAUGCUUAGUAGUACAAUUUUCAACGGGAUAUUGCGAAAUGCAGGUUUCCCUUGGAUACCUAUACCUUGUGAGAGCAAACUAAAAUAUCUCCAAGCAACAGAGGAAUAUUAUGAUCAAAAUGAGUACUGUUCAAUCUACUAUUUAAUGAUGGAAUUGGUUGAAGAAUCUUUGCAGGAAGUCAUCAAAAAUAGCAAGCUCAAGAGAAGAUCAGAGAAGAAACUUUCUUGGUUGUUAGUCUAGUGGAGUUGGCUAAAAAAAAAAUGCCUCCGCUCACACUGAAUGUAAAAAGCGAUCUGAUGACUGAUUUUUAAUCUAGAGGGUAUUAGCCCCCUCCUCCUUCCGAGAGGGCCACCCUUUCUUGAAAAUGCGCUCAUCCCUCCUUCUAUUGGUCACAUAGAAAAAUUUUUCCAGUAAAAGUUAUUUCUUGAAGGGUUCUCUACAUUAUUGGUUAUUACAAAAAUUUCAUUUAGAGCAACCUUUGCCCCACAAAUUUGAAAAAUCCACUUAGCAAAAUACUUAAAAGAAAAGCACAUUAUUUGCAUUUUUACUGCGGAAAUUAUUAAACGUUGCGCAAAAGUGGUGAUUACUUCAAGUAUUCAGAAUGAAAUUUUCUAUCCAGAGAUGUCUUCACCACUCCUCCCCUCUCAAAUUUCAAAGUGAUGUUCUUAUUUGUAAGGAUUGAAUUUUUUGGAAAGGGUGGAACUUGAAGGGGGAGGAGAGGAGUGAUGAAGAUAUCUCUGGAUCUGAAAUUUCAUUCUGAAUACUGAAAGUAAUAAUCACUUUGGCGCUAUCUUCAAUUAUUUCUGCAGUAAAUGCAAAUUAUUUUUUUUAAAUAGGUACAUGCAUUUUUAGGAAGGAGCUAGUCAUCAGAUCGCUUUUUACAAUCUGAGCUUUACAAAUGAGGUACCUAAUUUGACUAAACUACAUUAUAUGUACCUACAUAGAAGAUGAUACAUAGUGAAUCUAAUAAAUUAGCUGUCCUUUUAUUUUAAUUUUGAUGUCCAAGAUAUUCGGAAAUUAAAUUUUAUUAAUAUAGGUAGGUAGGUACCUACAAUAUUUACCUUUAUUUUUUUAUAGUAAAAUUACUCAACACUGUAUGGAGUAUACAUAA